CCAUCAUGGUUGCACAGCCGACUGAGAUAAAGCAACGCAACAUGACAUGAAUGCAUGGAGCGGUGCAGAAUGAUGGCCAGCAGAGGGCGACAUGGACCUGAAGAGUGACGUGCUCACCUCUGUGGAUCAGGAUAUGAGGUCAGGAAGAGGAGGACAGGCUGGGACUGGCAGGUCGGUGGAGGCGGAGCCACAGAAACCUGUUUGAUCCACAAUGAAGUCAGAAGACAAAAAGUGGUCAGGAUGGUCGGUCGCUCUCUGAUUAAAGGCAGCUGAGGAAGUGAACUAACCACUGGCCCCUCCCCAGAACCAUCCACCUGGGGGGGAAGGGGUUUUGAGGAGCAUCAGAAUGGCAGCGACUCCUUCUAUGCUCAGCAAAGGUCUUGGUCUGGUCCUGGUGGAGUUCGCAUACCAGUAUGAGGGCCGAGACGGAACUCCAGUCUCCAUCAAACCCAAUGAGCGCUAUGUCCUGCUGGCAAAAACCAACGACCACUGGUGGCAUGUUCGGAAUGACCAAAGCUCCAAGUCAUUCUACAUUCCCGCCAAGUAUGUCAAGGAAUUGCCGGCCAACAUCCCCUCACCUCUGGACUUUACUGAUCCUCCCAGUCCUGAACCUGUGGUUCUCAGCCAUUCAGCAGUGGCUCCAGUCUUGGUUCCUGUCCCUGUCCCUAUUCCAAAGCCUCUAGAAGAGACGAGUGGGUCCAAAAGCAAGCAAGGAGAUGAGGUGAUGAUCCGCCUCAGACCUGACUCCUCCACCAGGAGCCUGAAGAACGAGAACCGCAUGUCAACCUUUGGAUUCCCUCCGGACCUCCAAGACCCAAAGCAUCCUAGCAACCCUGCUGGAUCUGCAGAAACCAAAACCAAAGGAGCCAUCCAAACUCCAAAUGCAACAGACAGCAAAAAACUUCCCCUCUCAUUGCCAGUGCAAGAGGAGGACAAGGGGGACCCCACUAAACCAAGAGUGCCAAGCUUUAGUCCUGCAGACCCGCGGUCUUCAGCUUGGCCUAAGACCCAGUCGAAAGCAGCAGAUGCUCCACUAAGCAGCCUCCAGAAACCAUCCUCUUCCUCUGAAAACACAGACAAACUAAAUAAAAAUAUGAAUGAGCUAGAGGGGGAGGAGCCUCUGGAGGAGGAGGAGCCUCUGGAGGAGGAGGCGAGCACAGAUGACAGCAAAGAGGGAGAGGAGUCAUCCAAGGAGGAAGACUCUAACCACAUCUAUGAGUCCAUCCAGGACCUGAACCUGGACUUGAACACAUUGACUGAGAGGAAUGGGGCUGGAGUCACACCUGCUCCACCUGGGGUCACACCUGCUCCACCUGUUGCACCACCUACACAGGACCACAACUCGCCUGACUCCAGCACACACAUCUAUGCCAAUGUCCCCUCCAUGAAGAAGACGCCCCCCUCGGAGGGCUCGGCUUCUGCAGUCUGCACUGCAGUCCUCCCCCCAUCGGAAAGUUUGACCCAUUUAUCCUCAAGCUCCUCCUCCAGCAUGAUGAGCCCCUCCUCCCCCAGCAGUCCACAGGGAGUAUGGCAGGUCCACACCGACCAGAGCAGUGGCCAGCAGUUCUUCUACCAUCCUGGGACCAAAGAGAGCCGCUGGUCCAUCCCGGCGUCCCCGCCUACCGCAGACAUGGACCAGCCCGAGCAGGUCUGGAAGCAGCUGCUGGACCAAACCUCUGGCAGAGUGUACUACUACCACCCCAGCACUGGAGCCACAUCCUGGGACAAACCGCUGACCUGCCCUCCAGCAUGUGUGGCCAACAGGAGAGACAGCAGCCCGCCUCCGCUGCCGGCGCAGGACUACCCUGUGGACAAACACGCCGACGACACCGACGCGGUUUUCACCUUGCCUGGCGCUCAGCUGAACCGGAAGGAGCAGAAGGAACCAGGAACCCAGCAGAGGCAGCAGGAGCAAAGCAUGAUGGGAAAUGGUGUGUCUGAGGAGGGGUUACCACUGCAGAUGUUCUCUGCCGGCCACAGGAGGAUCUCCUCAGACAUCACAGAAGUGACGAGCAGGAGACACUCCCCUGACGGUCUGCAGCUCAAUGCUCGAUUCAAACUCAAGAGGAACCUGUCCAGUCAGAGCGCAGGCUCCCAUCAGCUGCACUCCCACCUGCUGGAGAAAGCCGGAAUCAUCAAUAAAACCAAAGUGGCGGAUCAUGGAAAGAAGAUCAGGAAAAACUGGACUCAGUCGUGGACUGUCCUCCAUGGGGGGGUCCUCACUUUUCACAAAGACCCUAAAUUUGCUCCAGCUGGAAACACGAAUAAAGCAUCGCAGAUUGUUCCAGAAUAUACUGUUGACCUCAGAGGAGCCUCAGUCAGUUGGGCCCCCAAAGAUAAGUCCUCCAAGAGGAACGUUCUAGAGUUGAAAACUCGUCAGGGAUGUGAGUACCUGGUGCAGUAUGACACUGAGAGCAUCAUCUCUGACUGGUUUAAAGUGAUCCACGACACCAUCUACCAGCUGGACAAAGGCCACAUGAGCGAGGACGAGGACGAGUCGGCGUCAGACCGAGAGGACAGGAAAAGACCCUCCACCAAGAGUUCUGCUGGCACCGACUCCGAGCAGAGGCAAGUUCGGACCAAACUGCGACGGUUCCUACAGAGGAGGCCAACGCUGCAAAGUGUCAAAGAGAAAGGCUACAUCCGAGAUAACGUCUUUGGCUGCCACCUGGACACUCUGUGCCACCGGGAAAACACCACCAUCCCCAAGUUUGUGGAGAAGUGCAUCCGAGCCGUGGAGAGGAGAGGUCUGGAUGUGGACGGGAUCUACAGAGUGAGCGGGAACCUGGCCGUGAUCCAGAAACUGCGGCACAAAGCCGACCACGAGGAACACCUGGACCUGGAGGACGGCCAGUGGGAGGAGAUCCAUGUCAUCACCGGAGCCCUGAAGCUAUUCUUCCGGGAGCUUCCAGAGCCGCUGUUCCCCUUCAGCUGUUUCGACAAAUUCAUCGCAGCGAUCCAACUUCCUGAACAAAGCCAGAGAGUUUCCUACGUGAAGGACUUGGUUCACGCUCUGCCUCUGCCCAACUACAACACCAUGGAGCUGCUCUGCAAACAUCUCUGCAGGGUGAUCGAGCACAAAGACUCAAACAGGAUGUCAGUUCAAAGCGUCGCCAUCGUGUUUGGACCGACGCUGCUGUGGCCCCAGACGGAGUCUGCCAACAUGGCGGUCUUCAUGGUGUUCCAGAGUCAGAUCGUGGAGCUCUUGCUCAGAGAAUUCAGCACCAUUUUCUCUGAGAUUUAAAAACAGAACCUCACAGAGCCAGGAGAACAAACCUCCCACCAGAGAAAUGCUCUGCCACUGUCCUGCCUCAGAACCAGAACCAGAACCUGAAACUGGAACCAACUAAAAUCACAAGUUAGCUCUGAAACCUUCUACAAAAGGGAAUGAAAGAGUAAAAGUCUGUGUAAUGUGUUAGUGUGGCCGCCAUCCAUCUGGCUAAGCAAACCCAUCCAGAACCAGACUUGGUUUCUUUGCUUCGCGCUCUUUGUUAUUCUAGCCAGGACUUUUAGAGUGAUUUACAGAAGCAGAUCUCUGAAGAAGCUCCACAUCGUCAUGGUAACAACACAGAGGAACUGUGAGAUAUGCGCGGCUCCUCAUUUAAUCCCAAAUGAUCGUUGGAGGUAGACUUUUGUUGGGUCAAAACGUACUUCUGCUUCCAUAGACAAACACUAUUUUCCUACAUGAAUGUACGUUAUGAUGCUUUUCUCAAACGAAACACAAAAACUUUUGUUUAUUAAAGAAACUCCUCUGGAAAACAG